GGCGGCGGCGGCGGCGGCGGUGGCUUUAGAGGGGGGGGACGCCGCGGCCGUGCGAGGGCGGCGGCGGCGGCCGCCGGUCCCGGUGCGGUGCCGGUCCCGGUCCCGGUCCCCGCGGGCCAUGCGGCGGCCGUAGCCAUGCAGCGCGACGGGGAUGCGGCGGCGGCCGCCGCGGCCUCGUACCGGGUGCUCAGCCGGCUGCUGGGCUAUGGCACCGGGCCGGAGGCGGGCGCGGCGGGCGGCGCCGGUGCCGGUGCCGGUGCGGCGGGGCCCGGCGGCGGCGGGGGGCGGCUGUCGGGGGCCGGGCCGGCGCUGCGCAGCCCGCGGCCGCAGCUGAUGGUUUUCCGCAACGCGGCGGCCGAGGGCCGGCCCGGCGAGGACUGCGGCCCGGCAGCGGCAGCGGCGGCGGCGGCGGCGGCGGCGGCGGGCGGGGGGGUCCCGGGGGGCGGCGGGGCCGAGCUGUGCCCGCGGCACCGGUGCGCUCUGGAGCCCAAAGCGGCGGCGGGCUGGGGAGCGGCGGCGCAGAGCGGGCUGGAGCUGCAGCUGGCGGCGCUGGGGCUGCGCCCGCCGGGGCUGGCGGGGAAGGGGGCGGCGGGCGCGGGGGGCACCCCCUGCCCGUGCCUGGGGCCGCCCGCCGGGGAGGAAACCAGCGAUGCGCUGCUGGUGCUCGAGGCGCUGGAGCCCGAUGAAGGCGGCAGCGGCUCCGAGGACGAGCCGGGGUCCCCCGGGCGCGGGGCCGCCCGCGCCGGCGGCAGAGCGGCAGCCCCCGGGCCAUCGCCGCCGCCCGCGGGCACCGGCACCGGCGGCAGGAAGGGCUCGCUCCGCAUCCGCCUCAGCCGCCUCUUCCGCACCAAGAGCUGCAGCGGCGGCUCCGCCACCGGGGACGCCGCCAGCGCCGCCGCCUCGGCCGGGAGCCUGACGGAUGUGAGCGGGGCCCGCGGCCGGGAGCAGGAGCCGGGCAGGAAACACAGACUGACCAGAACACAAAGUGCCUUUUCCCCGGUUGUGUUCAGCCCCCUCUUCACAGGUGAGACGGUGUCACUGGUGGAUGUGGACAUUUCCCAGCGAGGACUCAGCUCCCCUCACCCGCCCACGCCGCCGCCGCCGCCGCGCCGCAGCCUCAGCCUGCUCGAUGAUAUCAGUGGGACGCUGCCUCCGGCUGUGCUUGUGGGUCCGAUGGGCUCUUCCCUGCAAUCCUUCCCUCUGCCUCCUCCUCCUCCGCCCCACGCCCCAGACGCCUUUCCCCGGAUCGUGCCCCUGCGGCCCCCGGAGGCCCCGGGCCAGCCGCCCCCUCCCCACCUGCAGUGUCCCCUGGCCCGGCCCGACCCCAGCAGCUUCGCCGCCAGCCUCCGGGAGCUGGAGAAGUGCGGCUGGUACUGGGGCCCCAUGAACUGGGAGGACGCGGAGAUGAAGCUGAAGGGAAAACCCGACGGAUCCUUCCUGGUGCGCGACAGCUCCGACCCGCGCUACAUCCUGAGCCUGAGCUUCCGCUCGCAGGGCAUCACCCACCACACCCGCAUGGAGCACUACCGAGGGACCUUCAGCCUGUGGUGCCACCCCAAGUUCGAGGAUCGCUGCCAGUCCGUGGUGGAGUUCAUCAAGCGGGCGAUCAUGCAUUCCAAGAACGGCAAAUUCCUCUACUUCCUGCGCUCCCGCGUGCCAGGUCUCCCUCCGACGCCCGUCCAGCUCCUGUAUCCCGUCUCCAGGUUCAGCAACGUCAAAUCCCUGCAGCACCUUUGCCGCUUCCGCAUCCGGCAGCUGGUCCGGAUCGACCACAUUCCCGAGCUCCCGCUGCCCAAGCCCCUGAUCUCCUACAUCCGCAAGUUCUACUACUACGACCCGCAGGAGGAGCAGUACCUGUCCCUCAAGGAGGCCCAGCUCAUCUCCCGACACAGGCAGGAGCCGGAAUCCUCCACGUAGCGGAGCCGCCCCGGCACUGACGGAAUUUGGUUGUUGCCCUCCUGCCGUGCUGGGGAGGAGGCCGAGCUCCUGCUGCUGCUGCUCCUGCUCUUUUCCCUGGAGGAGAGGGCCCAGCAUUCCCGGGAAACCCAGCAUUCCCAGGAAACCCAGCAGAGCAGGAUCCGGAGCCCCGGCUCCCGGGAAAAGGAAUCCUGGGGGAACCGAGCCCGGCCCCGCGGGAUCCUCGCGGAACAAAGAAUGUCACGGCACUAUUCCCGACUUUUCCUGGAAGUUUUACGUUUGGAUGUCUCUGGAUUUUUGGGAUUUUUUUUUUUUGAUUUUUGAUUUUUCCCUGAUUUUCAGCAUGAGGAAAAAAACUGAUCCCGCUGGAUUUUCUGAUCCCGCUGGAUUUUCUGAUCCCGCCUUGGGAUUUUCAAGGUUGGGGGAGAGGGAGGAAGAAGAAAAAGGGGGAAUUCUCUGGGAAGAUCCAUCUGCUCCGAGGCGUCGUGGCAAGGCUUUGAUCCUCACUGGAGAGCUGCAAACGGAGCCAGAGGGAUGGAAUAACCCUCGGGAAUAAUCCCUGGGAAUAACCCUCGGGAAUAAUCCCUGGGAAUAACCCUUGGGAAUAAACCCCUGGGAAUAACCCCUGGGAAUAACCCUUGGGAAUAACCCACGGGAAUAACCCAUGGGAAUAACCCUCGGGAUAAUCCCUGGGAAUAACCCCUGGGAAUAAUCCCUGGGAAUAACCCAUAGGAAUA